AUGUCGGUCGACACUGAGCCGCGUGCACCCCGCGCCAACACCCAGUCCUCGCCGACCUUUCGUCAGACCGGCUUCUCGGUACCCACCGCCUCGGCACCCGCCACCAACGAUGUCAACGCCGUCGCACUCUCGCCCAAGAUGCGCGCAUCCAACUCGAGCUUGAACGCGGCGCUCCAUGCCAGACAUGCCACGCUCUCCAAGUCAGGCCUCCCAGACGAUGGAGACUCAGACAUGGCCGAGGCAUCGCAAGUGCCCUUGCCCAUCCCCGGUUCCUUCGGCAAGCUCGAGCCUGAAGCGCUCAACUCGCAUGCCUCGCACUCUCCCAACGACAUUCCCACGCCGCCCGAUGCACCCUCGGUCGCACCACACAAAGCUUCUCAGUCUCCCCACCGUGCCACCGUUCGAUUGCCGCCGCUCAACUCAAGCAUGCUGUCUCCACGAUACUCGACCCUACAAGGCUCCAGCAUCUCGAGUGGACCCACAUCGAUCACGUCCAGCAACUGGUCGCCAAGCAGGAGUACCGACCCGCACCUCUACUCGAUCUCGGCAGGCAGGAAGUACAGCUACACCAGUUUCAACAAGCCCUCGCUUAGCACCUCUUUCAAGACCUCGGCCAUGCGCAUGCGCGGUCCCGCUCUCGACGACGAAGACGAAGACGAGGAGGACGACAGCUUUGGCAAGCCCGCUUCCAGGUACGCACGCAGCUCUACUGCAGCCACCGACCGCGCCACUGCGGAGCCAGGCCUGGAACUCGAUGGCGAUGAGGUGUUUUCGUUCUCGAGUCCCUGCUUCGGUCCCAAGGAGCUGCCGGAUGACAGUGUGCCCUCGCCCGAGCUUCACGAGGCUAUGCCCCCUUCCACAGCAGCCGCCAACCCCAAUGCUGUCAUGAGCCCCAGUUGGGCCACCGCCUCACUCAACAAGCUCUCGCUCGGAGGCAAUGAGGCCAGAGGCUCUCCUAGCUCGGCCAGUGCACGCAGACCUUCGCGCUCGCAGUACCACCACAACAGCGGAGCGCUAUCGUCCUCGGCAGACGUGGCUGCCGCCGCCAUGAAGCAGCGCAGGUUCUCGUACAACAAACUGGCACGCCCUUCGUUUGCCUCGCCUGGCCCAAGCAGCUACACCUACUCGUCUAGCUUUAGCCACCCGUAUGCGCGCACGCCCACUUCGUCCAGCCUCACUUCAAGUCAUCGCAAGGAGUCCAGAUCGAGGUCAAGGACGAGGCACGGCAACGAGGACGUCGCUGGCCGAUCUGCAGCCCUUGUCGAUGACGACGAGACGGACGAGGAGAUGCGCAUGGACGACGACGAUGCGACCGAGGACGAGGCCGAUUACGCCUACGGCACCUACAGCGCAUCUUACCAGGCUCGCAUGCGCCAGAGCCUUGCACAGAGAGCAGAUCCGGCGGCCCUCGGCAGCACGCCUUCCAGCUUUGGUGCCAACCCGUCGAACGCAAGCUUGGGUCUCACCUUCCAGAUGAGCCCCGGCAAUCCGUCGAUGCUCGCCAAGGGACACCCUCUUGACACCAGUCGAUCGCCCGUCGCGUCGAAUGCCAACCUCGCCGCCAGUCUUAGCCGGCAGUACAGCUCGGACCGCCACACGGCGGCUGGUGGUCUCGCUCCAUUGCGACACCACCCUUAUGCGACCAGUCCUUCGGCUACGACAGGUCCAUUGAGCGCAUCCAUGGGUCUCGCCUACUCUCCCGGCUCCAACGCACCGCUAAACCGACCGGCGCACAGGAGAGGAAGCAGCCUCAGCAACGGUCUUGCUGCGCCCGCCUACUCCGCAGGUGUUCUCUCUACCUCGCCACGAUUCGGCAACGCUGCUGCAUCGGGCCGUAGCCCAGACGAUGGUAGUGCGGAUCGUCUCAGCCAGUCGCCGUACGGUGCUAGUUCGGGAUCGCCGUAUGCUGCCGGAGCGCGCGGACUCAAUGGAACCGGUGGAUACUAUGGUCCUGCUCAUGGCGGCGCAUACAGCCAAUCUCCGCGUUACUCGCAGAGCUACGGUGCGCGCAAGGAUUCUGGCGGAUUCGCGUCUUCGCUUGCCGCACACUUUGAGGGCCACGAACGAUCAGACAGCAUGGCGAGCGAAGCGACCGAGGUCGGCGAUGCUUCAAAUGUUUCCAUCACUUCGAUGCGCAAGGCCUCGACGGGUAAAGCCGGAGGCGCACGCGCCACGAGCAACACGAGUGCGACCGGAAACACGGACGAGACGGCACAAGUUGCGGCGAUCCGCGACAGGCUGGGAGGCGCAGCCAGCUGUUCGGCCUUUAUCUCGAAGUUGUGGCAUCUCAUGAUCAACCCGGAGCAGUACAGCAAGUACAUCCGAUGGGACGAGGCAGGCACUUCGAUCAUUCUGUCGAGCGAGCCCGAUGUGGCCAACGAGUUUGCAGGCGACGUGCUACCUCGACUGUUUAAGCACGGCAACAACGCCAGCUUUAUCCGCCAGUUGAACUUGUACGGCUUCCAGCGCAUUCCGUCUUCGCGCUUGCUGGAUGCAGCCGAGAUGAAGGUAGCGGCAGCCAAACGAGCCGAGAUGGGCGGGGGAGGGUCUUCAUCGACGCUCAACACGGCUGUGCAGCUGUACGGCGCGCACUCGAGCUUUGCGCAUCCUCGGUUCCUGAGGGGGCGUGAAGAGUUGUUGCCGACCAUGAAGCCGAGGUCGAGCAAGAAGCCCAAGAAGGCGUCGAAUGGUGUUGGUGCCACGCCGCGCUCGUUGGAGGCUGACACUUCGCUGGGGGCCGAUGAGACGGAUGAGGAGGAUUUCGCGUUGUAA